AUGGAUUACGGAACAGCGUAAACGAAUCAUUCUGUCGGUAUCUUUUGACUUAACCAGCCUUCAUUAUUUCCCGAUAGGUGCCAGUUACCAGGCUAGGAUGUCGUUCGUCAAUGCGCAUGUCAACGGGAACCAGCGUUCUUCGUCGGAAAUGUGGAGGACGACCACCAGACGACUUAAAGCUUCGUCUUCGCUGGCUUCUGAGAGUCGCGUGAGUUAUGACAGCAUGUUUACGAAGGAAAGUUCCUGCGAUUCUAACCGCCAGAGCAAAGUUAGCAGGACCUACAAUGCUCCCGAGUUCGACCUACGAGGCCCUCCCAAUCUCACGCCCUUCAGUGGAGUCUUUCGGUCAAACGAUAAAUCUAUCGUUCGACCUGUGGCUUUCAGACCACUGGUAAACUGUUGUCGUCUACGAACACCUAUAAUUAUGAGGAAUACCGAUCCUAGUUUAAGUCCUCAAGAAACAGACAUUGAUUUUAAAAGUCACUAUGGCAGUACAGUGUCGCAGUCCUCUUCCCUGAUCACCGACGACGAGUCCAGAUCCUUGACCUAUUCCUUGGACAGCUGUGUGAAACGUACGGAUACACCAGUGUCGUAUGCAGACAGCGGUGACUCGACUCUGAAUUUAGAAGAAAUUAUUCACUCCCCGUCACCGAGUGACAGUGGCGUGGAGGAACUGGAAGCUAUGUUGCGAGACAAAGAUUCGGAAAUCAAUCUUCUUCGGGAAACUCUCGAACAGAAUGAACAAGUAAUCUUUAAAGUUUAUGAAGAGAAGGAACAGAUGUGGCUCAAAGAGACCAGGAAAAUUCGCGCUCACUAUGAUCAUAAGCUUCGGGCCGUACAGCAACGUUUGGUGAAGAUGGAGCAAAUGCGCAACGCUCAAAAAUCUCAGAGUCUCGUGGAAAGGCGAAGACUCCAAGACGAGAUGGAAACAUUAAUACAAGAAAGGACAUUGGCCCAAGAAGAAGCCAAGAAACAUCACGAAGAACUUGACCUACUUCGUAAAAAAUGCGAAGAGGUGGAAUGGACGUUAUGUCAAAAGGCAGGAGAAAUAUCAUUUUUAAAGUCGCAUCUGAAAGAUUCCAAAGGCGGGCAAAACAGUCGACUGAUCGAGCUUUUAGCACUGAAAUCUCAAGUGAGAGAGCUUCGCCAUCUAGUGACAGAAAGAGAAGACAAAAUCGCAGAACUUCAAAACUGCCUGCAAAGUAGCCAGACAGAAGUUUAUCGCAUCAAGAAGAAAUUUGAAGAAGUGUUGGUGGGUGCAAAAACACAGACGCAAUGUAUAAAAGAAAAAGAUGAACAGUUAAACCGGAUAGAAGAGCUGAGAAGAAAGACUGAAACGCUUAGUUCGGAACUGGCGUUAACGAAGAGAAAACUCGAAACGACCAAAGAAGGCAUCGAAGAAGAGAGAAUGCAGUGGCUGGAAGAGAAGGAAAAAGUAAUCAAAUAUCAGAAACAGUUACAAUUAAACUACAUACAAAUGUAUAGAAGAAAUAAACGUCUCGAGUCCGAGUUAGAGAAACUGAAAUCGGAGUUGUCGGGGGACAGUAGUAAUACAAGGUUUAAUAGAGAAUCUGUAUGUUAGCAUGGAAACCGUUGCUAGGAUCAAACGCGCUGAGAAUCUGUGUGUUAGCAUGGAAACCGUUGCUAGGAUCAAACGCGCUGAUAAUCUGUGUGUUAGCAUGGAAACCGUUGCUAGGAUCAAACGCGCUGAGAAUCUGUGUUAGCAUGGAAACCGUUGCUAGGAUCAAACACGCUGAGAAUCUGUGUGUUAGCAUG